AACGCGAAAAUUACGAAAUAGAACCCCACCCGAUUAUAUAAGUGAGAGAGACUGAGAGGGAGAAAGAGAGAUCGAGAGGUGUUUCUCGGCGGCUCCGGCCAAUACUCGGCAGCUCCAGUUCAAAGAAAGAGAAGACUUUUAAGUUUCACGGUAGCGCCGCCGACAUUGUUUGGGUAAGUUUGAGUAGCUUUUGGGUGAUAGAAAGAAAGAACAACCCGAGCUCUUACACUAAUUCUGGUUUCGCAUUUUAACUAUAUAGGUUGUCGUUUGGUCCUUCGUUUGUUUUGUAUGCAUGGCAACGACAACAACGUUUAAGCUUUCAGAAUUUUAAGGCCACUCAGUCACUACUCACUAGCACCAGGAAUCUUAAAAUUUUUUUAUUUUCUUUGUAUAACGGUUAAUGCCCGCCUUUUCAUUCAGAGUCGUUCAUCUUUCUUCUCUCUUAAAAAUCUCAGCCAAGCUUCAGUGCCGUUUCAUCUAUGCACGCCACUUCGAAACCCAGGUGGCAUUUUCCAAAACCCAUUACCGGAAACUCACGAACCAUGACUCACAACUCCUCCAUUACCUUUCCAAACACAGGCUUCAAGAUGCACGUAACAUGCUUGAUGAAUUGCCUCACAGAGACCAACAUGGCCGAAUUGUUCACUGGACUUCGCUGCUGUCCAAGUACUCGAAGAAUGGCUUUGUUGAUGAAGCCCGGGCGCUGUUUGACAUGAUGCCUGAGAGGAAUGUUGUUACUUAUAAUGCAAUGUUGUCAGGUUAUGUACAGAAUGGGAGGUUAAGUGAGGCUUGGCGGUUCUUUGAGGUGAUGCCAGAAAGGAAUGUUGUGUCGUGGACUUCGAUGCUUUGUGGGUUGGCAGAUGCAGGGAGGAUUGAUGAGGCGAGGAGGUUGUUUGUAGAGAUGCCUGAAAGGAAUGUUGUGUCUUGGAACUCGAUGGUGGUGGGGUUGAUUAGGAAUGGGAACUUGGAGGAAGCAAGGAUGAUUUUUCAGCAAAUGCCCGAUAAAAAUGUAGUUUCUUGGAAUGCUAUGAUUGCAGGGUAUGCUGAGUGUUGUAGAAUGGAAGAAGCAAAAGUUUUGUUUGAUGAGAUGCAAGAAAGGAAUGUGGUCACUUGGACUACCAUGAUUGCUGGUUAUUGUAGGGUGGGCAGUGUGGAAGAGGGGUAUUGUCUGUUUAGGAUAAUGCCUGAGAGGAAUGUCGUUUCUUGGACAGCCAUGAUUGGUGGGUUCACCUGGAAUGGCUUCUAUAAAGAAGCUUUGUUGCUUUUUCGUGAAAUGAGAGGGUGUUUUGACUUAAAACCAAAUGAGGAGACUUUCGUUUCACUUGCCUAUGCUUGUACUGGAAUGCGUUUUCCUCGUCUAGGCAUGCAAUUACAUGCUCAGCUGAUUAUUAACAGUUGGGACUGCAAUGAUUAUGAUGGCAGGUUAUCUAGAAGCCUCCUUCACAUGUACUCUAUGUUUGGUAUGAUGGAAUUUGCGCACUAUAUUUGUUCGAAGAACCCUAAUAAAUGUAUUGUUCAAUCUUAUAAUUCUUUGAUAAAUGGCUAUAUUCGCAUUGGACAGCUGGAAAAGGCUCAAAAUUUGUUUGAUGUGGUACCUGUUCGAGAUAAGAUCUCAUGGACUUCUAUGAUAAAUGGCUAUCUCAGUUUUGGGCAAGUAUCGAAGGCAUGUCAUCUUUUUUACAAUAUGCCUGAGAGAGAUGCAGUUGCAUGGACUGCAAUGAUUUCAGGGCAUGUCCAAAAUGAGCUUUUUGCAGAAGCUACACACUUAUUUUCGGAAAUGAGAGCUCAGGGUAUUUCACCUCUAAAUUCUACUUAUUCUACUCUUCUUGGAGCCACAGGUGCAUUGUCACAACUUGAUCAGGGGAGGCAAUUCCAUUGCAUGCUGAUGAAAACAUUAUAUGAAUUUGACUUGAUUCUUGAAAAUUCUCUGAUCUCAAUGUAUGCAAAAUGUGGGGAGAUAGAGGACGCAUAUUGCAUAUUCUCAAACAUGAUUUACCGGGAUUCGAUUUCUUGGAAUUCCAUGAUCAUGGGGUUUUCACAUCAUGGGCUGGCAAAUGAAACUCUGACAAUAUUUGAAGACAUGCUUAGAUCUGGGAACCACCCAAAUUCUGUUACUUUUUUGGGUGUCCUAUCAGCAUGUAGCCAUGCAGGGUUGGUGAAUCGAGGGUGGGAGUUAUUUAGUGCUAUGAGUGAUGCUUAUGCAAUUCAACCAGGUUUGGAGCAUUAUAUUUGUAUGAUUAAUCUUUUAGGCCGAGCUGGGAAAGUAAAAGAAGCAGAGGAGUUAGUCUUGAGGCUCCCUCUUGAACCUGAUUAUGCUAUUUGGGGGUCACUGCUUGGUGUCUGUGGGUUCCAUGAGACAAAUGCCGAGACUGCUAGGCGUGCAGCCAAAUGCAUCCUUGAGCUGGAUCCUUUAAAUGCACCUGCCCAUUUGGUGCUUUGUAACAUAUAUGCAGCAAACGGACGGCAUGUGGAGGAGACAAUGUUGAGGAAGGAGAUGAAACUGAAGGGUGUUAGAAAGGCUCCUGGCUGUAGUUGGAUAAUGCUGAAAGGGAAAGCUCACGUGUUCCUGUCAGGAAAUAAAUUACACUCACAAGUGGAUGAUAUGUUAUCUCUCCUAUAUGUGACAGUAGGUGAAUCGUAAGAAAGUGGGUGAAAUAUUGAAGUUUGGGGAAGUUCUGUUUAUUGUAUAGAAGCAUAUAUUGGUGAGGCUCAUCCUACACAUUUUCACCUUCCAGAGACAUUUUUUUAUUUGAGUUAAGACAAAUCUGUUAAAGAUUUUACCUUUUGAACUGGUCAGUCAUCAGUGGAUAUGCUACCACAAGCAUGGUAUUGUCAUCUCCUAUGGUUAUGAAGCGGGCCUGUAUAUUCCAAUUGAGUCUAUUAAUCAGCUGAGAAUGGUUAGCAAUGGUUGUCAUUGAGAAAGAGCAAUGCAGUUCUAGUCGUGAAAGGAACCUAUAAAACUAAUAGAAGUUAAAGUUGGUUUGAUUCAAUGCUACACCUUAACACCAAGCUUCCUCCUUGUAGUAUAGUAAAAUGACAUCCUGUUCCAGCAUAGCAGGCUUUUUAAUGGAGGCAUUGAUAUUGAAUAAUGGCGGCACCUGCAUAUUCAGGAUCCAACUCUCUUAAAGAAUAUCUGAAAAGAUAUGGAAUAAAUGAUGA